UUCGCUUCCAGUUCUCCUGAACGAACGAGUCAUCGGGUUUUCGUCGACGUCGUCCACGAGGGGGACUCGCUUAAACGGAAACGUGCAAACGAACAACGUCCGCGCUACCGCUGUCGCACGGGGAACAGCGUACCGCGUGGCCGCCUCGAAACGUCGGAUCACCACUUCUUUGGAACAGAAGCGUGCGAUACCAUGAGACUGUUCUCGGGAAAUAACGAAAAUGUGACGUGAGUCUGGCUGAUAGAAAGAGCCUUGGCAAGAACGUGACACGUUCCGCAGUCGGUCGUUCAGUGUGGCACGCACUCCGCCAAAAAUGCCAGUGAGAAGGACCAAUUUUCACGCGUUCUCCAGUGCGCUUGUGUCGGUACUGUGCCUGGUCCUGGUGGCGCUUCGUGUCGGUCAGGUCGCCGGCCAAUUAUUGGACACCGAGUUUCAACCGACGGUUACAGCGACAUGCAAGGCCGGACACAUGACGAUACGAGUGAAUCUGAAUCAGAGUUUCGUCGGAGCUGUUCACGCCAGAGAUUUUCGGACGCCGCAGUGCAUGGCGCCCGGAAAUGGCUCUACACACGCCACUCUAGCCAUUAAUCUACUCGCGCCUAAAGGAUCUCCGGAUUACUGCGGUGUCUUGGUGAACAACGACACCGAGGAACGCUCCAUCCCCAUCGCGGUGAGGAUACACAAGACCCUGGAACUGGCGGACGAUAAAUUCUACGUGAUCACGUGCGGAAAAGCUGGAUUCAAAAAUGCCAAGAACGAGACCUCGCUGGUAUCGUUGCGCCUUUUGGACGGAGGCCACAAAGUGCAAGAGGCUAUUUAUGGUCACAACUACACAUUGCGUGCAGAGAUCUCGCGACCAGAUGGAAUGUACGGAAUCAAAGUGAAAUCGUGUUUCGCGUUCAACAAACGAAACACCAGCGUACAGCUGAUAGACGACAAAGGGUGUCCCGUAAAGGCUCGGGUCAUGACGAAAUUCAUCUACGAUCGGAACACGGGACUGGCGGAUGCGACAUUGUUCUCGAUGUUCCGGUUCCCCGACAGUCCACAGGUGCAUUUUCAAUGCGACAUCGCUGUGUGCAGAGGAAGCUGCGGUAUCCCCGUUUGCGAAGGCGAUAACGAGGAAGAAAUAAAGGGAGCGUCCUUAAUUAAUGGGCAAAGCGUGAGCGGCGAGGAAGGAGUGCUUCUAGCGGGCACGAGCGUGUUCGUUCUUGACCCUGGUCAAACGCCAUCCGUGCAAACACUGUACGAAGAUGGCAGCGUGCACCCGUUAUGGCUGUUGUGGCUGGCGGUAGCUCUCGGCAUUUUGUUCCUCAUCAUGCUGAUAAUCAAUAUAUUCCUCUGCUCGGCAAUGACCUGCAGCUGCACCAGGACCGACAUUAUCGAGAAAGAGCCAUCGAUUAUCGAGGACUACGAUCCGUAUCGUAGCUGGCACGGCUCCCAAUACGGCUCGAGGUACUCCUUGAAUGGAAAGCAAGGAUACGCCUCAGGAGGAUCGACCAUGAAUUCCACCAGGUCGAUAUCGACCAACAGCGAUCAUUACGCCAUAGUUCAUUCCAGACCUGGCAGUAGAUACUCUGGACCAGGCCAGAAGCAUCAUCAUCAUCAUAGAGGGCCUCCGUCGAACAUCGGCUCGCAUUAUUCUGGAAAAUAACACGCUCGACGGCUACCUAACCAACAACAAAUAGAACUAUUAUAUUUUCAUUAACGUCCUUGAACGCAAUUCGAAAAUCAAGCUAACCACGCGAUCGCAAGUAACGGGUAUUUCGAUUCGACAGAAUCGUUGCUCACACUGUUCCAAGACAAACUACACGAAUACCGAAACAGUAGACGAUUAGUCGAUCCUUGACUCGAAAGGAAGUUAUGAAUAGCUCACGGAGAAUUCACGGAGAUGCCGGGUCAAAAAUGACCCAUAGCUAAAAUCGCUUUCCUGCGCAAGGGAAGUCAUAUUCCUUUCUUCCAAAUUAAACAAAUAUAUUGCGACGAGAAAUAAUUCAAGGAAACGAGAGACACCUGAAUGUCGGGUCAAAGUUGACCCGGCCUCCGGCGUUCCAAGGUUUAACGAAGUUCAACCUGUACUUCGUCGUUUGAGGAAUUUAUUUCGCGUCAAUGAUCGACCACCGUAGCUUGAUACGUCCUCAAUAGUUACUACUAAUAUAUAACAUACAUAGAAUGGUCCGAAAUUCCUGCCCUAAUGUGUAUUUUUCUACCAAUGUUCGACUACCGACACGAUUGUUUCUUUACUUUCUACUUCGAGGAGGCAGGAAACCCGAGGAAGAUGAAAUUGUUAAAUUUUUCGAUACGAAUUUUCUUC